AUGAGCUCCACCGUAACGCCCGAAAUGCGACAGAUGGGCUGGAAUGUCCAUUUUCUCGACUUGAGUGGCCAGCGCUUUGCCCCGUGUAUUUGGCGAGUUCCGACCCCAACCCGACGAUACGAUGCGAGAUACCUUCCUCCCGACAAGCCCCCCAACGACCCCCGGGUCGCCGUGUACCCCAUCCGCCGAAGAGCCAAGGCUAUCUCUCCCUCGAAGCGAAAUGCCUCGGGCUCCUCGGUACGGUCUCGAUCGCUCUCUCCUAAUAAGGAAGAAGACGACGAUGCGCUGGGGGGCAUUGUGAUCCCCGAGUCCGCAAUCCCCAUUGACGAGGCCCGCCAGGGAAUCACAAAAUUACGUCAGAGAUGCAUGACGGGCGGCGUCUCGUGCGCCAUCUCUGGCCUGGGGAAGUCAUGGUUCAGCAGCCCGGCGAUUGGACCCGCCAUCCAAGCAGCCCACAUCGUCCCCCAGAUCCACUACCACUUGUACCCGCCAGGCCCCGGCCGGACGAGACCAGAUCCCGAAAACAAUCACUGGGAUAUGUGCUGUAUCGAAAACAUGGCUGCCGUCACUAGGAUUAUGGCGACGCGUGUCCUCGCGUCUAGCCAGGUCAUCUCGCCACCUGCCCAGCAAUUCAGGGACAGCCAAGCAACGGGCACCGGCAGGCCCGACGAUCCGGGGAGCAGGGACCCCGAGAAACGGCUGGCCUAA